AUGGCUGACAACCACAAUGAUACGCAAGGCGAUGAUGUCCCGCCCUUUGAAGCCAGCGACAAUGGCUCGUGGCUGGCGGAAGACACAGAGACCCCAGUGUCUAGCACCGUCCCGUGCUCUGACCACCCCGGACUGUCAGACGUCCAAGCCCCCACUUGCAAUGAUCAGGGAGUCGUAACAUCUGCUGAAAAAGGCUAUAAUGUCACACCAGAAUCAACGUCAGCCCCCUCCACAACAUCUACUGCCGGAUGCCCACUACUCUCCGAGCCGUACACCGCUUCCAACCCCUUCGCCAAUUGGAACGCUAACUGUAUAUACGGCUUCGAAGAUCCAAGUACGACAAUCCAUCAUAAUUCCGCUCCAAUCAAGGUCCUUGUCCCUACGCGUAACAAUUCGAAGCCACGCUCGCCCAGACGUAGUGCAUCCUUCGAAGACACUUAUCGCCCGCUGCUGCCGGGACAAAACAUCUUCGAGGACGCGGUGGUGGGUGGGGUGAGUGAUCGGCGCCUAGACAACGUCCUGGGCGGCUGGGUCCCAUGGGCGAACAGGAAGACUCGACUCUUACAGCCACUGUUGCCGCCAUUUGAAGAGUCUGGAAUGAACGAGAGAAGACAAUGAGCUGAGCGUAGUGGGAGGCUUGGAUUGGAAGGUAGAAGAGUUGAUGAUGCUAGUGGUUGUGGGAUAGGGUGUCUUCGCGUGGAGUCAGUGAGAGUUAGGAUGCUGAAUGAAUGUUGUCUGCUACUGAGUUAUGAAAGGUACCAUCGAACAGCGAAGGGAGGUUUUGGGGGCGACCAACAUGUGCACUCACGAGACCAAAC